AUGUCGCUCAAGCCCCUGAUAGCGAUAUGUGGUACUACGGGAGUCGGCAAGAGUCGUCUAGCUGUCGAAUUGGCUCUUCAAUUGCGCGGAAAAGUCGUCAAUGCCGAUGCAAUGCAAGUCUACCAGGGAUUGGAUAUUCUAACAAACAAACUACCUCCAAGUGAACAGCAUGGAAUAGAGCAUGUCCUUAUGAACUUCAAAAAACCUGGAGAACAAUAUGUUGUUGGAGAAUGGGUGCGAGACGCUUCGAAAGAGAUUGACAAGGCUCAUGAAGGAGGCAAAGUACCUAUUGUAAUUGGUGGCACGGCUUACUGGAUCCAUCAUCUCUUGUUCUCCAAUGGUUUACCUGCUCAGGCUGGACCGUCUAAACUCUCGGCUGCUCAGCCUACUCCUGCUCUUCAAAACGCACUGAAAACACUUCCAGAGGAGCUAGCGUCGCUUUACAAUGCAUUACCACCUGCCGCACCUUUGGCAAAGACCGAGCCGGACACGGCCUUCGCUCUUCAUAAUUUACUUUCACAUCUUGAUCCCACGAUGGCUAGUCGAUGGCAUUGGAGAGAUACGCGUAAAGUUCUACGAAAUCUAGAAAUCAUCAAAGAAAAUGGCCGAGCCGCAAGUGAGGUCGUCACCGAUACCUACUCUGCAAGUACAGAAAGACGGUAUCGGUCUUUAAUAUUCUGGUUGUAUGCGGAACCUGAUGUUCUGAAUGUCCGACUCGAGCAGAGAGUGGAUGAUAUGUUAGCUCAAGGACUACUCGACGAAAUGCGUUCCGCUUACGGUGUCGUCAGAGAAACACCCGAUUUCACCUUAGGAGUCUUUCAGUCUAUCGGAUUUAGGGAAUUCUACGCCUACCUCAAUCAAGAGGAGAAGACUGAUCAAUUAUACGAGACCGCUGUCGCUGAAAUGAAGCUAAACACGAUAAAAUAUGCGCGUCGGCAGGUCAAAUGGAUACGAAAUAAACUUUUACCCGCUCUGGAGAACGCCAACGAACAAGACGAUCAAUCAUCGGAUACAAUUUAUCUGCUUGAUGCGACAGACCUUUCGGCGUGGGAGGAAAACGUCUUGUCCAAUGCGAAAACAAUCGCUGGAGCAUUUUUAGCGGGAUCACCUACUCCUGAGCCAGCAUCAAUAUCAGACACAGCCAAACGGAUGCUCACUGUAGCUUCUCGCUCCACAAACCCUGUGGACGUCAUGCUCACUCGUCGAAAAUUAGUUUGUCCUGUCUGCACAACCGAAGCUAAUCGCCCUGUGAUGCUGGAAGAAGGGCGCGAGUGGGAGGCUCACCAACGUACCUCGAUGCACAAGGCAAUGCAAAGGAAGCGAGACUCAAGCCGUGUAGAAGAGCACAGCUAGUACUGCUGUUACAUUGAGAUUACCUAAGGACUAGUCGUCGUAGGUACCGAGACUUCUCACCCAUGGAGUUGAGAUCGGCCCAAGACAAAUUUAAGGAUGUGCGAUAGUGGAUGGUGACGCAAAGAACUGGAACACCCUUCGCACUUUUGGGACUUCCGACACAGACGCAAAUUGAGCAAAGGUCACUCAGCACACUAGACUUUUCGAUCUUCUAUAUAUGUAUAUAGAACUAUUAUGCAUUCU